AUGGAUGAACACAGGGGAGUUGGUGAAGUCACCCAUCUCCUAUUUGCGGAUGACACUCUCACUUUUUGUGAUGCCUCAGCAGAUCAGGUGGUUAAUAUUCUUGUUGUGCUGGUGUGUUUCCAAUCUAUCACAGGACUUAAGAUUAAUUUGGACAAAUCAACUAUGUUCACUGUGGGCGACAUUCCGGAACCUGAUUACUUUGCAACGAUCCUUGGGUGCAAAUGGAGUAAUGAUCCAUCGAAAUACCUUGGAUUGCCAUUAGGAGAUCGCCCAAAUGCAGCUGCAAUUUGGAAUCCUGCUGUGGAUAAAUACCAAAGAAGACUACAAGGCUGGAUGAAUAGACACCUAUCUCUUGGAGCUAGGCUGACUCUGGACUGUUCUACUUUGAACAGCCUGCCUUUCUACCAUUUCUCACUCCUUAAGGCCCCUUAG